AUGGCAAGAAAGAAUAUGGAGCUCAAUACUAAAUCUGCAAAAACUCGUGCUGAAAACUGGUUUUCCCCUAGCGGUGGAUCCCUUGAUUCCUCAAAUGAUAUUAACGUUUCAGAUUCUUUAAUAUCUUUAUUACGUCAGGAGCAACCACCGGUGGAAAACAACGUUAUUGUUGAGUCUACAAAUGGCGAAUUAUUGCUAAUUGAUGAUGUUCAAGGCCAAGAAACUUCAUACGAGACUACAAGUAAGCUUCCCUUAUCUCCAGCAAAAUUCAUAGCCGAUGAUUAUUUCAAACUUGGUGUUAAAGAUGCAAUUAAAUCUGCGCUACCUGAAGUUAUAAAUGAGCUGAUCGUUGAUAUAGCAAGAGACUUUCUCCGACGUCACGCAGAGAAUAAACUUGUCUUAAAAUCUGAAUCAGUGUCUGUGGGAUUCUAA